CUGAGGGAUAUGGGACGUCUCAAAGAUUUUACUUAACGUUCAAUAUGCAAGAACUAUAUUCCACUGACCGUCACACAAACAACAAUUAAUCAAUCAAAAAAAUAAUGAAAGAUUUUGACCAUCUAUGCGUUUGACUGUCCCUCUGGUAUCUUUCGUCCCUCUUUUAUUGAGACAGAAAAAAAAAAUGGAUAAAGAAUAGUCCUUUUUUUAGCAUUGUAAAAACAAGAAAAAAACAACAAGAAAAGCUUGAUCAAAACUUCAGCAGUACGGAAGAAACAAACUGAUUAUAGAUAAUUAUUCUGUUUUGAUAUAUGUAUGAGUCCGGCUGCCCCAUAAUUGGAGAUAUCGUAAAUUUUCUAAUAUGUAAAUGGUUGUUCUGAAACUGUUAAUAAAAUGAAAAGACUACCACUAAAAAUCAAAUGUUUUAUGGUUUUAAUGAUGUUUGUGUCUGUUUAUGUUUAUGGCAAUCUAGUAUGGUCAUUAAAUAUCAAUCAUUUGAAAACAGACACAUUUCUAGAAAUAGGCAAAUGCCCUGCAUGUUUUGGACAUAGUAUGUGUAUAAACAUGAAAAAUGAAAAGAUUUAUUUUACUGGAUGGUCAAAAGUUCGACUGUUUGAUAUUAUAAACAUAAAAAAUGUACAUACAGCUAGACAUUUAGAUAACCAAGAACAAAUCAUCAUUAAAAAAUUAGGGCAUAAUAAAGAAUUUGAGAAUGUGGAUGAAAAAAUAUGUAAGGAUGCUAACAGACCCAAAGGUUGUGAUGUUGCCAGGAUUUUACAUAUCACAAACACUGGAGAUGAAAUCGUAAGAAAAGGUUUACUACCAAAGCAUUUAGAGGAAAUGAAUCAAAUGUUUGCAUGUCCGACAUAUAGUUUGAUAGACAGAGUACUGUCAUACUACAAAGAGAGAUUAAUACCUGCCAGAAGCAUGUUGAAUACCAGGGACAAAUUACAGAUAUAUGGUACAUCUCUGAUAAAUGCAGAACCAUUAAUGCUUCAGACGUUUCCAGCUGAAGAAGGAUGGUCAUUCCCAAAAUACUAUGGUGCAUGUGGAAGGUAUAUAGCUGUCAGCCAUGCAGGAGAGCCACUACAUAACUUCUUUUCUGAACCUUUUCACAAAAGAGCUGAUAUUGCAUAUCAGAUAAUGAAGAUAGCUGAUAAGUUGAACAAUGAAGGGAACCAGUUUGUAUUGUACUGGACUGAUUUAAGCCUUGACAAUUUAGUCGUUGAUAGCGCAGGGAAAGUCACCGUUGUAGAUUUAGAGGAUAUCAUAGUUGUUGACAGAGAUGCUAUUGCCAGAGCAAAACCAAGGAAAGACUGGUAUGAGGUCCAUCAAAGUUCUUUUGUUCAUUGUUACAGAAAGAAUUGUUUUAGAUUUUCUCGAGACGAUUUGUGUACACAUGUAAACUCUGAUCACAACUACUAUGCAGCAUGCAGAAUCAUCAUCUCUGAAUAUGUGAAUGAGCAAUCUCUAGGUUUAAUGCGAGGCCUUCUACAUGACAUGCCAAACUAUGCCAAUGAUGACUGGGACCUGCAGCACUUAUUGCAUGAAUGUGUUCAUGGUUAUACACCAGCAAGUAGGAUGAAAGUAAAAACUCAAUUAACAGAGGCUUUAUUUAAUUUGAGCAAUAUAAGGGACAGUAAUGAUGCUGCAAAACGGAAGAGGUAGCAAGCAUUAUGAAAGACGUGUUUCAGAAAACGUUACAGAUUAUUUCUAUUCCGUAAUAUAUUAUUAUCAUGCACACUCUUAAGACAUCACACAAAAGGGGUAAUCAAAAUUUAAUUAUCUUGAAAAUCCAGUUUAUCUGGCUAAGUAACUUACGCCGUUAUAGUUUUUAGAUUUGUAUAAGGAAAAAAGAACAUUUAUGUGUGGUUUUAGGGUUGGUUGAGCAUUUUGCUUCUUAAACUGUCUUGGAAGAACUAAUUGUAUCUUACCAAGGAUUUUGAUAACAGGUCCUACCAAUGAGUAUAAUUUAGGAAAGAAGUGAAAAUUAAAAUAAUAGUUUAUACCAUAAAUUGUGAUAUAUUUGAUAAGUUUUGGCCUGAUGAAAGUACAAAAAUUUAUCAUAAUAAGGCGUUUAUCAUAAGGAUUAGGACAAACUUAACAGUUUAAGAUAUUUUAUUUAGAUAUACUGUCAUGGUUACAUAUCAUUUUCAUUAAACGUCGAAUUGUUCACAAUGAUGAAUUUUGUAAAGUUCGCAGUAAAAUCAUGCAUACACAUUUUUUUUCAUUUUUUAUUUACCGUUCAUCUGCUCUAAGUAACUGAUUCCGCAAAAGUUUCAUCAUUUGAAAAUAAUUUCUGUUUUCCAGACAGGCCUAAUACAAUGUUUGUUUAAGUUAUAAUGUCAUAAGUUUCUUAUGUCAUUAAUCAAAAAUGUUUUUGAUUACUGAUAUAAAGUUAACAGUGCAAAUUUUACUGAACCAGAUGCGCAUUUCAACAAUUAAUAUCUCUUCAGUGAUGCUCGAGGGUAAAAUAUUUUAAAAUACAUCACUUAAUUCAAACGUUGAAAUGCUGAUAAAAUGAAAGGGCUGUGCUACAUAUGAAUGUUAAUCAUGUGGUGGUGACGCAAAAAGGAAAAAAAUACCAAUAUGCGUAGAUGGUUUUAUUUAUGCAGUCAGACGAUUAAAACAACCCCUUUUUUAUCAGAAAUGUUACUUUCGACAGAAAACCUGCUCUUAUUUUGAUUACAAUACAACAAACAACAAUACGUUAAUUACUGCCCCUUACCAAAAUAUUUCCCGAAGAUACAAAACAAAAAUUAUUAAACAUCUGUUAAAAAAACUAUUUGUAUUUUUUUAUUGACCUACCACCCCAUUUAUGUUCACAGUAUAACUUACGGUAUUUUCCAUGAAAGUUUACUAAGUUUGUAUGAGAUGCAAUAAAUAGCUACCCAAAAGCCUAUUCAUUAAGAAUAUACAAAAAGAGAGGCAAAAAAUACCAAAGGGACAUUCAAAUUCAUAAGUGGGAAAAUAAACCGACAACGCUAUGGCUAAAAAAGAAAAGACAAACAGACAAACAACAGUACACAAAACACAACAUUGAAAACUAAAGACUAAGCAACACGAACCCCACCAAAACUGGGGGUGAUCGCAGGUGCUGCGGAAGGGUUAGCAGAUCCUGCUCCACAUAUUGCAUCCGUCGUGUUGCUCAUGCAAGAACAAACCCGGUGAUAAGUCCAUUUCUGUAGGUCACAUUAGGGAGAAAAAGGACAGGAUUGUAGUUACGACAAUUGGAACAUAUCCGUCGUCAAUUGUGAAACAGUUAUUUCAUAACGGUCAACCAACUCGUGACGGCGUACGUAAAAGUUACGAAGAGAUGAUUUCAACUUUGAACUCUCUGUUUAAUAGCUUCCUUGUUAUCAGCAACCCUGUAUCAAGGAUAUCAUGAUAGGAAAUACAAGCCCUUGAACAUCGUAUCAACUGGGAGAUAUAUACUUCGUAUGCAGGCGCUGCUGGAUAGAUGAGUUCAACAAAUUUUGAAUUAUUUAAUGAGAGAACAUCAUCUUCAUAGCUGAAAGUGAAGUUAAAGAAUACUGCUAACUUUUGUUCUUUCUUCCUAAGAUGUUCCUGUAUGAGUCAGCCUCAUAAAGAAACAAACCGGCAAGAAGAGGAAAACAGUUGGUUUUCAUGGAAAUGCCGAUUGUUUGUUGAAAUACACGUUCUCGAUACAUAACAAAUAUGUUGUCAAUCAGAAAAUCAAGCAUCUUGAUAAUAUCAGUUUCAGAGAACAAAAUAAUACAAAAAGUAAAAAUUGAGGGAAUCGCAUGAAUCUAAACGGAACUAGACCGGGUGCAUUGACAGGGUAAACGUCUUCGACUUUGCAUGUAAUCAAAA